UUUCUCCGCUUGGGAACCAGAUUUUAUAUUGAACGACGAAGGGAUACGCCUGCGGGUUAACCAGCACGUUGGAGAUAUUCCUGCCGGUAGGUAAAGGCAACUUACUACGUUUGGUGGAGACUUGUUUACACUUGACGUCGUCGUCCGGUGGCGCGAGUCUGAGUCCAGUCCGACUCAGAUUACAACGACGGACGCGUGCGUGCCCUUGCUGUGCAGUCCACUUGCAACUAGACAAGCAUCUCAGAAAGAGAGAGCUCCGCAGUAGAGCGCAAUUCAUCCGUCAGGCCCGCUACCCACCAACGCCACACUGAUGGGCGACCAGCAGGACGCCAGUCCCAGCAGCGACAAGCGCAACCCGACCAGUCCCGCACCCAUGAGCGGAAUCGAUUGGAGCAUCUUUAAGGACGGCGAGGAGGACGCUUUCGGAUGGCUACUGCGUAACAACGCAGCGACCUCUGCGACCACGAGCGACAGGUUGGCAGCCAGCUCCUCAGAGAACGCGGAAAGCGACAUUUUGCCUCUCGAUGACAUCGAGAUGGACCGCAUGAUGGCGGGAACCCAGCACAUGAUGACCAAGGGCCAAGCGGUCGACGCGGCUACUGCUGCUGGAGUAACGGAGUCGAACGCCCGAUUGUUGGCGACGCAGUUGUAUGAGGGUCUGCGGUCUUCGCAGUCCGCGAGUUUCAUGUCUAUGCUUCCGAACACGCGGCCCUUUGACAGUGGCAAUCUCAGCGUGGAUGCGAGCUACGAAGAUUUUGACGACGAUAACGAUGCAGAGGAGAAGGACGGAAAACAAUCAGCGGCCAAGUUGAUGGCAGCUGCUAAGGGGGCAGGAGGGAAGAAGCGAGAAAACAGUGGCUCUGCAGUACAAAGCGCCGGACAAAAGGCUCCUACUAGCUCCCGCAACACUAGAGCUAAGAGCAAGAUAAGCGCUUUGACUGUCCCAAAGAGUAAACGACCACUAAAGCGCAAAAAGAGCGAGCCAGCGUCACCAACUGCUGCCGGCUCUGAGGCUGAAGAAGAUCUCGAGAAAAAGCAGCUUCGUCGUGUGAAAAACCUAGUGUCCGUUCGGGAGUUCCGCAAGCGCAAGACGAAGCAGCUUGAACAGAAUGAGGCACGACUUCGCCGACUGGAGGCAGAAAAUAUGGAUCUGAAAAUGCGCCUGAAAAUUGGCAAGGAGGCGAUUUUAAGUGAGCAGCGCGAAAAGCAGCAGAUCAAGGAGCAGAUGCGGGAAAUGCUGCAGCGCAAUGCAAAUGAACAAGAGAUCGCGCAAUUCCUGAACAUGUACAAGGUGACGUACUCAGACUACGGACCAAAGCGACGCGAGAAGCUGCACUUUCAUCUGUCCCGCAUUCGUGAGCUGCUCCUUCCCACGCAGGUUACGAAGUUGAGUCUGUAUUCAGUGGAACAGGGAGUGGAUAUGCUCAGACGUGAUCACGUUAUCAAGGAAGAUCCGAUGUCCGCGCCAGAAUCUGCCAACGCGACUAUGAGUCUUUGGGGUAUCCUGGCGGACGAGUUAGAGGUUUCAGACGAACAACAACGGCAGAUUCUGGAGCGCCGAGCGGCCAUCAAAACAGUUCGCGACGAUCUGAAUCACACCUUGAGCAUUGUGAAGAAGCUGGAAGAAGUGACCGAUGAGAAGAACACUGCGUUAGAGACCCAGGUAGCGCAGCUACAACAGAUCCUCACUCCCUCUCAAGCUACCAAGUUUAUCAUCUGGGUCAAGGAGAACCCAGCCUUUAUGUACAUGCUGGACAAACUGGUAGACUCAACGCUGCAGAACAACACAGGCAGCAUUGAGGAAUGAACUACUAUACUACAACGUGACAAUAAUGUUAUCGAGGAAGAUCGCAUCACUGUAUCCACUUUCAGCUGCCGUCCGUUGCUCGGCUCACCUCGCUCAUAACGUCAAAGGACAAGGAGGUUGGUGAGCAGCUUUGUAGCCCCAUGGGGUAUUUAUUGGUGGGAGCGUAAUGCAGAGAAUGCCCACACGGAACAUAUUGACUAGUAUCACCGUUUGUUAGUGAUGGUUAUUCGCCUUGCUGUAGCAAAGACCUACGCAAUUAUGACAUAUAAAGGCACGCUUCGGUCACGUGUACGAGAUGUUCGAUCAUUUCACUUCUUCUGGCUGUCUCUGCAGCGUGAGUGCCUCCAGAGUACAGUAUUGCCUUUUAUCCGGAAAACAAGUAGCAGGCUUGCAAGAACACCUUUGACAUUUUCUGCAUGUUGUCCAUGGUGCCGUUGUAAAGCAGCU